AUGGCCGCGGGGCGAGGGCGGUCCCCGGCGUGGCGCAGGACGGCGGCGAGCCAGGCGGCUGCGGGCACGGCUAGGUGCGGGGCGCGGCACCGCGGGGCAGAGGCCGAGCCCCGGGGGAGCCGGUCGAGGAGCGGCGGAGGUGAAGCAGAGGCGGCCGCGGCGGCUCGAAAAAGGGGCGUGGGGCCCUGGGUCAGUGGCCCAGGGGGCCAAAACAGGCGGCAGUGUAGCGGGCAUGUGCGGGGCGAAGCCCGCCCGAGCACAGGGGAUGGCCGCGGGGCGAGGGCGGUCCCCGGCGGGGCGCAGGACGGCGGCGAGCCAGGCGGCUGCGGGCACGGCCAGGUGCGGGGCGCGGCACCGUGGGGCAGAGGCCGAGCCCCGGGGGAGCCGGUCACGGAGCGGUGGAGGCGAAGCAGAGGCGGCCGCGGCGGCUCGGUGAUGGAGGCGGGGCGGUUGGGGGCGACGACGGCGGAGAACGCCGGCAGGCGAGCAGCGGUAGCAGUGGACGGCAGCGGCAGCAAUGCGCGGGGGAAGGCGCCCAAGGGGCGGCUAGGAGCAGCGGGCGGCGCGAGCGCAGCAAGCGCACGUGGGGCGCUGCGAGGGAAUGCCCCCGGGGCGGCCAGGACUCGGCGGAGCGCGACGAGCGCACACGCACAACAAACUUCGGGCGCGGCAGUGACAGUGGCAUACGGCGACUAA